UACUGACAGAACUUAAAUAUUUGAAACAGGCUAUAGAGGAAUUAUUACACAUUCACCUGCACUUCCGGUAUAAAUUUUUGUUGAAUUUGAUCAUAUUCGGGUGUGUCGUUAAAAAGGGAAAUCAUGUCUCAGUUGACAGAAGAGCAAAUGUGUGAUAUUAAUGAAACCUUUAACCUGUUUGAUCAGAAAGGUGAUGGUAAAAUCUCUGCUAGUCAGCUUGGCGAUACCCUGAGAUCUCUAGGGCAGAACCCCACUGAGUCUGAGAUUAGAAAAUGUGGUUAUGCCAAUAACCCAGAUGCCAGAAUCUCAUUUGAAGUGUUCUUGCCAAUUUUCCAAACCAUUAACCGGAGCCGAGAGCAGCACUGUGCCGAUGACUUUACUGAAGGCUUUAAAAUGUUUGAUAAGGAACAAAAUGGUUUCAUCAGCUCAGCAGAGUUAAGACAUGUUCUCUGUUGCCUAGGAGACAAAUUGACAGAUGAUGAAGUUGACCAGUUGUUUCAGGGCCAGGAAGAUGCCCAGGGAAAUAUCAACUAUGAAGAAUUUGUGAAGACCGUUAUGUCUGGAUGAGCAGUCAAUCAAAGUUAGCUUUGUCAGUUUCGUUAUGGGGGAAAGCAGCAUAUUUGAAGUUGACUUUUGAAGAAAUAAAUGCAUUUUUUUUAAAAAGACUUUAGCAAAAAUGAUAGAUUGCUAUAGUGUUGUAAAAGUACAUGGCUCAAGCUUUGUUAAAGAUUCAACUUGUAGCAAAUGUUUAAAACGGUUAAGACAUAUUAAGUUUUGUAAGGACAGGUUAAUACGAGAGAAAGUACUAGCUCAUGUCCUGAUGAAGUAAACUGCUUAGUAAUUCUAUUAUAAUAAGCAGAUAUGAUUUCUUUUAUUAAAUUAUAUCAUUUUAACUAGCAUAAUAAAGUCAGCAAGCAUUCCAUUGUUCUAACAUUUUAGAGGACCAGUUCAGUUUGUGCUGUAUGAAAUCAGCUGCAAUUUUCCCUUUAUAUUUUCUUUUCAUCUGGUAUUUAGGUUUUUUUAAUUAGAUGUAUAUAAUUUUAAAUAUAUGCAUGUUAUUUUGUUUCUUGUAGCAAUAUAAAUAUAUUCGUAUACUUGUUUUAUCUUCUAAGAAGUGGGUUGAAGUUUCUGUCUAGAAACAAGAUACUUUAUUGGGGUACAUAGUAGACUAUUUUCUCUGAAAAGGAUUAGAAAUUUGAAAAAUAUUAUUUCUUCAAAAUUCAUUUUCAUGAUUUUUGUUUUUAACAUUUAUGUAACACAAAAGACAUUUUUGUUUUAGGAGGGUAAAUUUACUUUGGGAAAAAAACUUAUGUAAUAUUCAGGUUGCAUUUUUGUCUUUUGUUCAGUGGAAUUAGAUAAUCAAUAUUUACAGCAGUUUCAACCUGAAAAUGUGCCUGCUCGUGAUGAAAUAAUGCACGGAGGUGCACCUGGGGUCUUCCUCCACCAUCAAAGCUGGAAAGUCGCCAUAUGACCUAUAAUUGUGUCGGUGCGACGUUAAACCCAACAAAAUAAAAAAAUAAAUCAACUUGAAAAUGCAUGUUAACAUUGACAGUUUCAUCUUUAGGUGAUAAAAUAAAAAAGAAAGUCAUUUUCCAAUUAUUUAGUUGGAGAAAUGAAAGGAAGAUGACAUAUAGUGUAAUUAAAAACCAAUUAAUUUUCUUGUCUAUGCAAAAAAUUGUUGUUUUUUUUCAUAUUCUGUGAUAAAUACUUGUUAAAAUUCCUUUCUUGAAGUGUGAAGUCUUUGUUAAAGAGAUCCUUGACCCUCGGAUUCUGCAUAUCCUAGUAUAAUAAUUUACAUGACAUUAAUAUCUAAAUGUGGAGCAGCAUUUACAUCUUGUUCAUUUCUUUUUCUUAUAUACCCAUAUUAAAAACAUACUGUCUUAUUGUUUUGAGUAAAUACAGUAUUUAGUUUUUCUUCUUUCUUUAGUUAUUGUACUAGAAUUUCUUUUUCUGUCUAUAUUUACUAUGAAUUGUCAUGUAUUUAUAAUACAUGUAAUAUAAUAAGAUAUUUUGUAUGAG